GCCUCUUGAGACGUGAUCAUCCCAAACAAAAAAAUUUAACGGAAAAAGAAAAUGAGGAAUUCCAUCCUCUGUUUUUCCACCAUCUGUUUGUUGCUCAUCUUCCUGCAGUUGCAGCACAACCUAGUGGCUUGUUCAUUAAGCCCCCACUUGCAGAAACUUGCCUUGUUCCAUUUUAACCAAACCUUAACAAUCAGUACUACUAGCUGGGAUUGCGAAUACGUUUCCUACGAAGAGAAUGCAGUGUAUGAAAUUCCUUCACGGGCAAAGACAAAGAAUUGGAGCAUGAGUUCUGAUCACUGCACAUGGGAUGGAGUUAGCUGCGACGACAAGACAGGGGACGUUAUCGGACUGGAUUUAAGUUGCAGUCAGCUGGAAGGAGCCAUUCUUCCUAACAGCGCUCUCUUCCAGCUCUCUCAUCUCCGCUUCCUCAAUCUUUCUCAAAACGACUUUUACCUCGCCAGUCAGUUCCCUCAGGAAUUUGGUUUCUUUGCAAAAGGUUUGACGCAUCUCAACCUCUCUAAUACUGGAUUAUCAGGGAGAGUUCCCUCGGGAAUCUCUCAUUUGUAUAAACUUGUCUCACUUGAUCUCAGUGACAACUCAGUCUCACUUGAUCUCAGUCAGAACUAUGAGGCUAAACUUGAAGAAGAAGUGUUUAAAUCAGUGUUGCAGAAUUUAACUCAUCUUGAAGUGCUUAAUCUUAAUGGAGUUAAGAUCUCCUCUGUUUUGCCCCUGAAUAUCUCUACUUCUUUAAGAGUUCUUCAAUUGAGGUAUACUUAUAUACACGGAGUAGUACCCCAAGAGGUUUUCCACCUUCCCAACUUGGAAUUACUUGAUUUAUCACUUAAUGACGACCUGAGAGCAACAUUACCCAAAGUUAAGUGGGGAAGUAAAGUUACUCUCCAACACCUUCAUCUUUCAUACAUCAACAUAGAUGGAGGUAUACCUGACUCAAUAGGCUUUUUGGAGUCAUUAGUCAGUUUGGAUUUGAGCAGCUGUAAUUUGUCUGGGCCUAUACCAAGAUCCAUUGGGCACCUCGUUCAACUUACUCGCUUGGACCUCUCUCAAAAUAUUCUCAAUGGCCCAGUUCCAACAUUUUUUACAGACCUUACAGACUUAAGAUAUAUCUCCCUUUGGCAAAACAAUUUCACUGGAUCCCUACCUCGUUCGUUGUUUCACCAUCCAUCCUUAGAGUCCUUGUCUCUGGAUAAUAAUGCAUUCACGGGUCAACUACAUGAAUUUGAUUCUUCUCGCUCACGGCUGCAAUCUUUUUCUUGUUCCAACAAUUCACUCUAUGGAUCCAUUCCACAUUCUUUUUCUCAGCUUGUGAAUCUCACUGUCCUAGAUUUGUCAUCAAACAAUUUCAGCGGGGUUUUGGAUUUGGAAAUGUUUUCAGGCCUCGAAUCUCUAAAACGUCUUCAUCUUUCUGAUAACAGUCUUUCAGUGAGAAGUACAAUUAUGGCCACUCUCCCUCCUAAUCUUUACUCCUUGGGCUUGUCAUCUUGCAACAUGAAAGAGUUCCCCCACUUUUCAAGAGAUGCAAACAUCUCCCUGAAUCUUAUAGACCUAUCAAACAAUAAAAUUGAAGGGGAAAUUCCACACUGGAUUGGGUCGGUGGGGGAUUUCUAUGGAAUCCCUUAUCUGAAUCUAUCUCACAACAAACUAAUAGGCGGUCUUGAGCAACUGCCUUGGGGUUAUAUUCAAUAUCUUGAUCUCCAAGACAACAAGCUGAAUGGCUCCUUGCCCACCUUGAUGUGUAAUUCCAGCUCUCUUGAGAUUCUAAAUCUCUCUCACAACAAUUUGAGUGGUGUACUCCCCAUUUGUCAUAAUAAUUUGACUCAGCUUUCGGUGUUGGAUCUGCGGAGGAAUAAAAUUCAAGGAAUCAUUCCAGCAACCUUGUCAAAUUUCCGUUAUCUGGAAACUAUUAAUUUGAAUGGAAACCGCUUACAAGGAAGCAUUCCUUCUUCUUUUGCUGAAUUAGAUUCUUUAGCCGUCCUUGAUCUUGGAAAUAAUCAGAUAAAUGAUACAUUCCCCCUGUGUUUGGAAGCUCUUCCAAAACUCCAAGUUCUUGUUCUCAAAUCAAACAAGUUUCAUGGUAUAAUAAACCAGAGUUCUGAGACAAAACACCCAUUUCCUAGCUUAAGAAUCAUUGAUCUUUCGUACAAUGAGUUUUCAGGUGCACUGCCAGAAAAAUAUUUUAGAAACUUCAAGGCUAUGAUGAAUGCGGAAGUGAAUAAGAUAAAUCGUAGCUAUAUGGAGCAUCGGUAUUACAGUGAUUCCACAGCUCUGGUGAUUAAAGGCAUGGAUAUUGAUUUACAUAGAAUUUUGACUGUGUUCACAACUAUUGAUGUAUCAAAGAACAAUUUUGAUGGGGGGAUAGCUGAAUACUUUGGAAAUCUAGUAUCACUCAGAUUUCUUAAUCUUUCUCACAAUUAUCUCACAGGCCACAUACCAUGCUCGAUUGGAAAAUUGACUGUGCUGGAGUCACUAGACCUCUCAUCCAACCAACUUGAAGGAGAAAUACCUCAGCAGCUCACUAGUGUAUAUUCACUUGCAGUUCUAAAUCUGUCUUGCAACCAACUUAGAGGACGUAUUCCAGAAGGGUGGCAAUUCGAUACGUUUGAAAACAGCAGCUACGCUGGUAACUUUGGGCUGUGCGGACAUCCCUUGUCGAAAAAGUGUGAAUCUUAUGUUAGGACACAAGAAGAAGAUGACGAAGAUGAGGAUGAAUGUCACUUUUUCUGUGGUUUUACUUGGGAAGCGGUGGUGAUUGGAUAUGGGUGUGGAGUGGUGCCUGCAUUUAUCACUGGCUACCUGAUGUUGCUGGCACGGAAACCAAAAUGGUUUGCUGGAAUCAUUGGCAGGGAAUUGGGGCUCAAGAUCAGGAGGAUGGAGAUUAGAAUGCGAUACUAAAGAUUGGAGAGGCAUGAACAUUUUGGCAUGUAAGUUGAUGGGACAAGCAGGUUUCAGAUUCAUUGGAAUCAACCACUACUUCAGCUGUUUUGCAUCUUUUGUGAUUUUAAAUUUUACAUUUUACAAUAAAAGUAAAAAAGAUACAAGCUCCAUGGACAAGUUUUGUAUUGUGUAGUUCCAGCCUCAGGCUGAUGGUUUAUAAUGUACAAUUUACAAUAUAUCACAAUUUGUAAUAUACAGUACCAGAUGAUUUUAUGGCCAAAUUAUCCUUAAUCGCU